AUGUCCGCCUCCAUUUUUCUGCUGUUCUUGACGGUCAUGCCGAUGCUAUUUACUCAAACGACGUCGCAAUUGAGCUCCGGCCCUCACAUGGCGGACGUCAACAUUCUGUUACCUCCCAAAAUGACUCACCCUGUUGAAUACAGACUUCAAGGCAGUGAUGGUUGCUUCAAAUGGUCAUGGGAUCACCGUGAUAUACUGUCGGUGGUGCCGGAGUAUAAUUCAAGCAGUCAUUGUUCGACUAGUGCUAGAUUGAAAUCCAUUGCUCCUUAUAGUCGUCGAAAGGAAACUGCAGUUUAUGCCACUGAUGUCAAUACCGGAAUGGUGAUCCGUUGCAAGGUUUAUAUUGAUAUAAUGUCUAGGAUUCAGAUAUUCCAUAACUCUGUCAAACUUGAUCUCGAUGGGCUCGCCACUCUUCGCGUACGUGCUUUUGACAGUGAAGACAAUGUGUUUUCGUCAUUAGUGGGAUUACAGUUCAUGUGGCAUAUGACACCGGAAACUGAUAAAUUUCCUCAUCACCUUGUCCAUGUUCCUCUUAAGGACUCUCCAUUGAGUGAUUGUGGUGGCUUGUGCGGUGACCUAGAUAUCCAGGUAAAGCUUGAAGAUAGUGGUGUAUUUUCUGACUUGUAUGUAGUGAAAGGAACUGAAAUUGGCCACGAAAUCGUUUCUGUUCAUUUGAUGGAACCGUCAUUUGGGCACAUGGCGGAUAAGAUUGUUUUGACAGUAGCAGAAGCAAUGUCUCUCGAUCCUCCCUCGCCUGUUUUUGUUCUAAUUGGUGCUGUUGUCCGUUAUACUCUUAGGGUUAUUCGUGGCAAUAUUCCUCAAGUGGUAAGUUUACCAUCUCCAUUUCAUCGGUGGUAUGUUUUGAACUCUUCUGUUGCCCAGGUGGAGAGAGAGAUGGGGGAAACUCAUGCUUUGAACUUAGGAGUAACAACAGUUACAGUUGAAGACACCAGGGUUGUUGGGCACAUACAGAUGUCAUCACUCCACGUUGUCAUCCCAGAUACUUUAGUGUUGUUUAUAUUACCUCUCUCUCUUUCUGGUGCUGCUAUUGAGGGGAUAGAACCUAUUCCAUCUGCAUCACGUUGGUACAUUAUUUGUGGCAGACAAUAUCUCAUUCAUGCGAAGGUUUUUUCACCAGGACCUGGGGCAAAAGAAAUUUAUAUAACAGAGAGUGAUGAUAUUAAGUUGCAUGAUGACCACUAUGAGUUCUGGAAUAUUCUCCCAGUUUCAGAAGGUACUACUGCUGAAGGAAAUUAUAGAAUUUUGAGAGCAAAUUCAUAUGGAUUAGGAAGACUGAUGGCAACUUUGACUUACACAAGUGGACAAGACACAAGAAAAGAGGUUCUGAAGCUUGCUCAAGAAGUCAUGGUCUGUGAUCAAGUGAAAUUCAGUAUGGAGGAAAUGGGUGGUCCCUCCAAUGCAAUUCUCCUCCCCUGGGUCCCCGGGGUCUACCAGGAGUUAGAGCUUAAGGCAACUGGAGGUUGUGCAAUGUCUUCAAGUGACUAUAAAUGGAUUUCUUCGGAUAUGGUUGUUGUGUCUGUAUCUGCUUCCGGGAUAGUUGAGGCUAAAAAGUCUGGGAAAGCAACUAUAAAAGUAGUUUCCGUCUUCGAUUCAUUGAAUUAUGAUGAGAUGAUUAUUGAAGUUUCCAUCCCCUCUUCGAUGGUUAUGCUUCCUUACUUUCCGGUCGAGGCACUUGUUGGAUCAUAUCUUCAAGCUUAUGUAACAUUACAAGCAUCAGGUGGCUCGUAUUUCUAUACAUGCGAUGCUUUCAGGUCCUCUAUAAGAUGGAAAACUGAAAGUGAGCACUUCACAAUCAUUAAUACAACAGUGGAAUCAUUUGUUUAUAACAAGCUAGAUGCCCUUGAUAUCAAUUCCUCAUCAUAUGGCCCUCCAUGUGCAAGAACACUAAUAUACGCUUCUAAUCCUGGUCGCACUUUGCUACAUGCAACAUUGACUCCAGAAUAUCAACAGUUCGACCAUGCUAGUAGUGGGUCAAUCAUCUUAAAAGCUUCCUCUUGUAUUGCAGCCUAUUUACCACUCAUUGUGCAGCAAGCUAGUGAUGGAAACCAAUUUGGUGGUUACUCAUAUGAUUUAAGUCAGACUGAAGCGCAGAAUCAGUUGGAAAAUUCGGACUAUCUAUAUCUCACCCCUGGCGCUCACUUGGAUGUGAUGCUUCAAGGUGGACCUGAACGGUGGCAUCAAGAUGUUGAAUUCAUUGAAGUUGUGGAAGCUUUAGAUGAACAUAAUUCUUAUGUGACAAAUAGAGUUCGAUUACAACUGUUAACUGGCAAUAACAGUGCAUACAGAAUACAAUGCCAAAGUUUGGGAAGCUUUAAACUCAUAUUCAGGCGUGGAAACAUGAUGGGGGAUGGCCACCAAUUGCCUGCUGUAGAGGAAGUGCAAUUGUUGCUUAUGUGUAGCUUUCCAUCUUCCAUUGUGCUAAUAGCUGAUGAAGCAGUGAAUUUGCCUCAAGUUAUACAGUCUGCAGUUCAGGCUGAACGCAAGCCUGAAGGACUUUGUGCCGCCCCAAUUACUGUAGCAAAUGGGCGCAGAAUACGAAUUUCAGCGGUUGGCAUUGGUUAUUCUGGAAAACCUUUUGCAAAUGCGUCUUCUCUCUGUUUGAGGUGGGAACUCGUUGCAUGUGAAGGAUUGGUGUUUAUGGAUGAUGCCUACAGUUCAUCAGCAACCAAGUCGUCUUGGGAGAGGUUUUUUAUCCUGCAAAAUACAUCAGGACUGUGCAUCAUUCGCUCUACUGUUAUUGGGUUCAUUGAUUCUCUUGGCCACCUUGAUUUUACCAAAAUGUUUGAAGGUUUUGCAAGUGCUCUUACAGAUGCCAUACAAUUGCAGCUUGUUUCUUCUCUUAGAGUCCAUCCAGAACUUGGCCUGUUGUUUUUCAGUCCUGAUGCCAGGUUGAAUCUCUCAAUCACUGGAGGGAGCGGUUUCUUGGAGACUAUGGUGAAUGAUACUCAAAUUGUGGAAGUAAUACAACCCUCACCAGGAUUACGGGGUUCACAACUGACACUGGCUCCCAAAAGCUUGGGGCCUGUUCUUUUGACUGUUCAUGAUAUUGGGGUUGCACCUCCAAUAGCUGCAUCUUCUGUGGUCCAAGUUGCUGAUGUGGACUGGAUCAAGAUUACAGUAGCAUCAGAGAUAAGCCUUAUUGAAGGAAGUUUGCAGUCUAUCAGUUUUUUGGCUGGGAUUAGUGAUGGACGUACUUUUGACUCUUCUCAGUACGUUUACAUGAAAGUUCGUGUUCAUAUUGAAGAUCAUAUAGUUGACCUUGUGGACGGUAAUGGUUUCUCAAGACCUAUUGAUGGAUAUUUGAACGGCCAGAAUUUUACCAUACAGGCUACACGUCUUGGGGUGACAACCAUCUAUCUUAGCACAGUCCAGCAUUCUGGGAAUGAAAUAUUGACUCAACCAGUUAAGGUGGAAGUCUAUGCUCCACCAAGAAUACACCCUAGCAAUAUAUUCCUUGUACCAGGUGCGUCUUAUGUGCUUGCAGUAAAAGGAGGGCCAAAAAUCGGUUCAUACAUUGAGUACGCCAGUAUGAAUGAUGAAACUGCAAAAAUUAACAAGUCUUCAGGACUAUUGUCUGCAAUGUCACUGGGAAACACUACAUUGGUUGCCACAAUCUUUUAUAAUGGAGGUAUAAUGCUUUGUCAAGCAUAUGGCAAGGUUGAAGUCGGGAUCCCGUCUACAGCUUUGUUGAAUGUUCAAAGCAAGCAAGUCGCUGUUGGCCGCUGGAUGCCAAUACAUACUUCUUUAUCUAAGGGAAAUUUGUUUUCGUUUUAUGAGCUCUGUAAAGAUUUCGUGUGGAAGGUAGAAGAUGAAGAGGUUUUGAGUUUUCGAGUGGAAAACAGCUUACACAUUAAGGAGCAUGAACAAACUAGAUCUUCUGGUUACUUAGAUGAGAAAGAUCUUAAUUUUAUUCAAAUGCUUUAUGGAAAAUCUGCUGGCAAGACAAAUGUUACUGUUACAUUCUCCUGCGAUUUUAUAUCUUCUAAUUUGGUUAUGAAGUCGAGGUUUUAUAGUGCAUCUACAUCAUUGCGGGUGGUCCCGGAUCUUCCACUUGCUCUGGUAUCGUGGAUCCUCCCUCCUUACUAUACCUCUUCAGAUCUUCUGCCUUCAUCUUCACAUGAUCACGAUAAAGGAGACGCUCCUGUUCGUAAAGGUACAAUUACUUAUUCUCUAUUGGGACAAAGCGGCAGCCGGAAGACUGGGGAGGUACAAGAUGAGCCUAUAAUUAUUGACCGGGCUAAAAUAAGAACUAAGGAAAGUGACAAUCUUGCAUGCAUUCUAGCAAAAGAUGGGUUGACUGCGAGAACUGAGAUCGCUUCUUGUGUUAGGGUAGCUGAGGUAUCUCAAGUAAGAAUUUUGACAGAUGAGUUUCCAGUCCAAACUCUUGCUCUUGGUGCUCAACUUUAUCUUCCUAUCAAAUAUCAUGAUGUUCUUGGAAAUCCUUUUCACGAGGCUUAUAAUAUCACACUUUUUGAGGCUGAAACUAACUACCCAGAUGUUGUCUCCAUUGAUACCGACAACGUUAAUGGGUAUAUACAUCUUCGAGCAAGAAACCAUGGGAUAUCUCUGGUGCAAAUAGCAUUCAUUAGUGAUUCUCAGAAGGCAGACUAUGCUAUGAUUUUUGUUGGUCCUAGUUUGUAUCCUCGAAACCCCGUCCUCCACCAAGGAGCCCGUCUUAACUUCAGGAUAGAAGGUUGGAGUGAUCUACCAUUGGGACACUGGUCAAGUUCCAAUCGAAGCGUUGUAUCCAUUGACAAGCAAUCUGGCCAAGCUGAAGCCAUUGGGGAAGGUACUACCCGAGUUCACUUUAAUAGUUCUAGUUUCAAGCUUCAGACUUCUGUUACUGUGUUGAAGGGGAAUAUAGUGUCAGUCAAUGCCCCAAAAGAUACACUUACAAAUGUGCCAUUUCCAACAAACGGAUAUGGGUUUUCUGUAAAAUUUAGCGACGCUCAUAACAAGCACCGUGUAUCUUCUGGGGAUAGUCAUGAAUUCUUGUUUGAUUGUGUGCUGGACCCACCUUAUGUUGGAUGUGCACGCUCAUGGAGGGAUAUUGACACAGGCAAUCUAUAUUGCCUCUUCUUUCCAUACCCUCCUGAACGUUUGGUAAAUUCUACUCCCAGUUCUAUAGAUACAAACCGAGGUGUAUAUGUGACCAUCAAUGCUUCACUAAGAGGAGACAGUCGUGUUACUGGUUCUGCAUCCACUCUUUUUAUUGGAGGAUUCACUGUACUUGAAAUGGAAAAGAGCCCAAUGCGUCUAAAUCUGACAGAAGGCUCCAACAAGGGUGUCAUAACCAUCAUUGGGAACACAGAGGUUGAAAUCCACUGGCACCACAAGGACCGGUUAUCAGUUCAACCAGUCGACGGAGAAGGUCAUGGGGUCAGACAGCCUGUUCUGUAUGAGAUUAAAGUUCAUGGAGCCGAGAGAUUGAAAGAUCAACUGGUUAUCACACUCCCAGCCACCGGUCAAAGGGUUGAAGUCGAUGUAAGCUAUGAACCGGAGGAGAGAAGUGAAUCAGCACCCUUGGCCAGUUUUGCUUCAAUUUUUCUGUUGAUUCUAACUGCAACUGCUGUCAUAUGUUACCUCUACAGAUCUGAAAGAUCACGCCAAAAUGUUGUCCCUAGACCUGGAACUCCAAGUGUAACCACACCCAUCACACCCGAACGUAGUACUCCAUCUGUUGUCAAUGAACUGUCUCCCCGGACGCCACAACCUUUCAUCGACUAUUGUGGUCGAGUCAUUCCAACUUCAAGAAAGCUUCAGAAUCUGCCCAAAAGGUCGUUAGAAUCACAUUUUAUUAAUGUAUUAAAGCCGUUGUAG